AUGUCUCAUAUUAAUUCUCAGUACGAUGAUGUUGGAUCUGAUAAAUAUGGUACAAAGUUUCCGAAAACAUCAUUAACAGCAAGAGUAGUGACCUUGGUUUCUCUCAUAGUUUCUGCUGCUGUUCUCAAGACUAACACUGUCAGCUUUGAUGAUGUCACUUUCCUUAGUUACAAGACUUUCCACUCUUACAAGUACACAUUUUAUGUGACAAUAUUUGGGAUUGUGUAUACUUUACUGCAACUACCAUCGGCGAUAUACUACAUGAAGCAAAAGACACACCUCAUAAGUAGCUUUGGCUACCUCAAGUUUAACUUCUACGCAGACAAGAUAGUUGUGUUUCUGCUAGCAACGGGAGCCGGAGCAGCAUUUGGGUUGACGAUGGAUCUGAAGAAAUUGGAUAGUAACGGAAAUGAUUCGAAAGUGCAGGACUUUCUGACGAUAGCAUAUAUUCCAUCGGCGUUUCUUCUCGUCGGAGGAAUUGCCGCUGGAAUAUCUUCUGUUCAUUCUUCACUAGCUCUUACAAAGACUAAUUAA